AUGAAAAACGAGACAACAUAUAACGAGAAUAUAAGUGAUAAUAAGCAAUCUUCAUUAAAACAAGAUACUAUAGCACGCUUAAAGUUACCAGAUAAACGUGCAUAUUUUAACAAUUUUAUAAUAGAAAAAUUUAAUAGCAUAAGUGAUAUUAGCUUAUAUUUAAGAGGAACAAAUAACAUAGAUGAAAAUGCCAAUGAAGAAGAGCAGGAUGAUUUGUAUCUUGGUGGCUAUAAUACAGUUGCAAAUGAUGAUCAUGAGAGGAGUCCAAAUUUGAGAAGUGCAAAUGGGAGAAGUAACAGAAUUGGUGAUAAAAGAAUGAGAGGUGGAAGAAUGAGAAGUGGUAGUGUCAGAAGUGACAGCGUUAUUACUAGUAGCAUCAGGAGGGAUAGAGUAAGAAGUAGAAACGUGAGAAGUAACAGCAUGAGAAGUAGCAUAGUGGGGAAUAAAAAAAACAGUGACAUGAAUCGUAUAACUAGUAAUCACGUCAGUGACAACCACGUCAUCAGUAACCGCAUCAGCAGUAACCAUAUCAGCAGUAACCACAUCAGUAGUAACCACAUCAGUAAUAAUCGAGUAAGGAGAUCACUUGAUAGCUAUCCCCAAGUGACAGUUAACAGAUCGUUCAGUAGCCCAUCUCUUACCAAACGGUCCUGGAGCGAUCAAACAAGUAGCAACAGUAAGAGGAAAAAAUUAGAAAGUAACGCAGAAGGGAGACGUCAGAAGAAAUUAGAGACGAAAAAUACAUCAAGAAAAAAAAAUAAUACAGGAAGAGGAAAGGAACAUAAAAAAAGGAGGAGCAGAAGUGAUAUUAGCCAAGGAGAUAGAAGAAAAAAAAAAAAAAAAAAAUCUAAUGAAAAAAGGGAAAUUAGAAAUGUGAAACAAGGUCUUGGGAUAAGGAAUAAUAUCAUAAAUAAGAACACUUCAAAAGGUAAGAAUAAAGUGGUUAAUAAUUUCUCAAUUAGGAAAAAUAGACAAAUGAAAAGAAGUCAACAUUCAUCCACAAGCAGUAAUAAUGAUGAUGAAUUCAAUGCAAACAAACGUAUUUUGGAUAAAAUAUUUUUAUCAUUAAAAAGAAAAGGAAAUACAAAUGAAUACAUAAAUAACAGUUUUUAUAUAGAAUGUGAUGAUAUCUUAGAAAUAGAUUCAGAUAUGGAAGAAGAUACAGAUGUUGAACCUUCAAUUCAUGAUGCUCCGGAUGGUGGCCCUAAUACAUAUGCUGAAGCGAUAGUACCUUAUAAUCCUGUGAAGCCGAACAAAAAUUUACACCUUACAGAAGAGGAUUUCUAUAGCAUAUCUAAAAGUUCCAGUAAGAUGAAUAAAGAGAGGGAAGCUAUAGACAACUUUUAUAAAUAUAAACCUAUACAACAUAGGAAGAAUCACGAUUUGAGUGAAGUAAAAAAUGGAAAAAUCUUUUCAUCUCCAAAAAAUUGUAACCAAAGUGUAGAAUAUGAUUGCAUAGGUUUCGUGUGUGAUGAAGAAUACAUGUGCCAAAAUUUACACUUUGAUGAAAAUCAUGUUGAAAGUCCUGAUAGAAUAAAAUGCAUUAUAAAAAUUUUGAAAGAAAAAAAUGUAAUAAAUAAAAUGGUACAAAUAAAAUGUAGAGAAGCAUUAUUUGAAGAAAUUAAAGAAUGUCAUUCGACAAGUCAUAUUAAUAACAUAUUUUAUUCAUUAAAAAGAAUAUUAAAAUAUAAAAAAAAAGAUGUUAUAUAUCCCUUUGACAAACAUGACACAUAUUAUACUUCUUACACGGGGACAGUUUCGAAGCGAGCUGUUGGAGGCCUCCUAAAUUUAUGUGAUGCUAUAUUAUCAAAUAAAAAUGAAAAAUUUAAAUACAUUGACUUUAAAAAAUCAUUUAGAUAUAAUUACAACUUUUUUAAAAACAUUCCUCCAAGUAGUGUAAGAAGAUACAUGGGAAACAAAAUUAAUCAUUAUAAUCAUUUGAAACGCUCCAAAUCUGAAAGUAAUCUGCAUGUAAUGCACCACUUUCAGCACAACGAUUCAAAUCAUCACCUCGAUUUUGAUAUUCCUUAUAAAGGAAAUAAUAGUAAUAUUAAAUGUGAUAAAUAUAAGCAACAAUCCAAUAUCCCAUUUAAAAAAAUUAACAAUAAAACAGUCAGCACAUCUAACUAUUGCUACAAUAGUAACCAAGCUUAUGAUAUGAUCACUCCAAAUGAGAAUAUUUCUAUCCCUCAUAAAAAUAAUAAGGAAGAGAGUGUUCUCAGGCUAUGUGAAGUGAGUUCACCUCAAAAACAGAAGAGCUUGAUAGAUGAAGCAAUUUCUUCAAUAAAUCAGCCAACCGACGACGUCGAAUUAGAUGAUAAUGUAUCCAAAAAUACAUGCGCAGAUAAUAAUCCUUCAAAUAAAGAAGAAUUUCCCGUUUUUAAUAAACUUUAUAGAAGUUAUUCAACCACCAUGUGUAACGUUAAAGAAUGCACAAAUAAUAGCAAUUCCUUUACAGAUAUUAAUUGUGGUUUUGCUGCAAUAAGACCUCCAGGUCAUCACUGUAGUAGAAAUAAUCCAUCAGGUUUUUGUAUAUUCAAUAAUAUCAGUGUGGCAUGCAAAUAUAUUUUUAAAAAAUAUGGAAUAAGGAAAAUUUUCAUUUUUGAUUGGGAUGUACAUCAUGACAAUGGAACACAGGAAAUUUUUUAUAACGAUAAAGAUGUUUUGUGCUUUUCAAUUCAUAGAUUUGAUAAGAAAAAGUCUAAAGGGCAAAAGAGGAAAAGUAGACGAUGUCUUAACACAUUAGGUGGAAAGACAUCUAAUGGAGAAAAGGGGAAGAAUCGAGAUGGCUCAGAUGACAAUGGAAAAAGUAUCAGGAAUCGAAAAGGAGAGAACAACAAAAGUGGUAGUAAAGGAUUUAAGGUGAGUUCUAAUGGGAAUGCCAAAUCAGGAACAAUUCCAGAUGAUGGAACUAGUGAAGUUAAUGGGGAAUUGACAUGUUCCAGUUCAAGCGAUUCUUCUAACGGAAUUAUAAAUAAAUCUUUGAAUUCGGAGAAGAAAAAAGAGAAAACACAAAAGAGGAAUAUGAACAUGAACACGAGUAUGAGCACGAACACGAGCUCGAAGAUGAACGCAAAGACGAAGACAAUGAGGAAGAAAAAGCCCAAAACUAAUAGGAAGUACAAGAGGAAUCUUAGAUCAUAUGAAGAAAAUUUGUUUUACCCAAGAACAGGAGCCAAAAGUGAACUGGGGAGUAAAAACGGGUACAAGUUUAACAUCAAUGUACCGCUAGAAAAAGGAUACAACAAUUGUGAUGUUUAUUAUGUUUUUAAGUAUUUACUGUUGCCCAUUUUGGAAAAUUUUCAACCAGAAUUUAUUUUUAUAUCAUGUGGGUUUGAUGCAUCCAUUAAUGAUCCUUUAGGGGAGUGUAAUCUCACGCACAAUUUCUAUCAAUGGAUGACAUUGCAGUUAAAACAUUUCGCAAACAUUUUUUGUAAAGGAAGAAUAAUCUUAGUCUUAGAAGGUGGAUACAACUUAAAUUACCUUCCCAAAUGUACUUUAGCAUGUAUAAAAGCAUUAAUUAAAAAGAAUAAAAAUCGAAAAAUGCAAUAUCAGAUAGCACAUGAAUCGGACACAACUGCACAGUUAGCUAAGGAUGAAAGAACAACUACAGAAGGUGCCUUAGAAAAGGUAUCCAAUGUCUCACAAUCAAAAAAAGAAAUUAUUUCAAAUGGUAAUAAUACGAAUAAAUCAAACGAAGUAGUAAAUAAAAAUGCUGCAGAUAAUUCGAAGGAUUCUAUAUUUAAGAAGAUGGAAGAUUGGAGACAAGUAAAACAUGGGAAUCUCAUUAAUAAUAGUAAUAAAGAAUGUGAUCAUAUUAAUUUUUAUAAAUUUAAAAACAAUACUUGGCACAAUAAAAAUUCAUAUGAACAGUUUAAACAUUCUGGUGGAAAAACAUACACAACUAACAUAACAUCAAAAAAAAAAGAAUUAAUUACAGCAGGAAAAUUACACUACUCAACAUAUAAAGUAAUAAAAUAUUUUUUAUGUAUACUGAAAGGAGACCCAUUCCAUUUAAAUAUUAAAUUGCCACCUUAUAACACAUUUAUGAAAAAAAAAGGAUUUGAAAAUAAAAAAAUAAGUCGUGAUCGUACUAUUAAUAUAUACAGUAGAUCAAAUGACAGAAAUGAUAAUAGUCCUCAAGGGGAUAGCUACUCUAAUAAUGAGGAUGGUAAUUGUGUAGUUGAUCAAUAUGGAAAGAAUUGUUACCAUCAUGAGGACACUCUUAUCGAAGGGGAAGAAAACUCUGGUGGUGCAUUAUUAAACUUUUAUGUUAAUGAAAAUGAAAAAGAAUAUAAUAAAUACCACCAGGAAAAUAUGAAACAAUAUCCACAAUCAUCUACAACCAUGUCAAAUUUGUCAAAUAGCGAUUUAUACAUAUCUAAUGAUGAACUAGAGCAACACAGCCAAAGCUCUGAUAGUAGUAUGAACAAUAGACGAAAGGUAAUUAUGCUGAAUAAGUUAAAAUUGAAAUUGAAUAAAUCAUCUAAUAUGAUGAACAACUCACCUACUGGAUACUCAUCAUCCAUCUCUAAAAUGACAAAAAAAAGGAAAAAACAGAAGAAUAAUUUUCAUGUAUCAGCUGAUAAGAAUAAAAAUAUGAAGGAAAUCGAUAUAUGGAAUCACUCAGAAAUCCCCAAAGAGAAUAAUAACAUAGAAGAAGUCAGUGAUAAAAAUAGUAAUGAAAAUGACACAAUUGAUAAUUGUGUAAGAGAUCAAAGGGUAGAGGAAGAGGAUGCUCUCAAUAUGCAACACUCUACAAGUAUGAAUCAUACCCCUAACAUGGAACAAUUAUCAAUUAUCUUACAGGAGACUGAUGAAAAUGAUUCUCAUCUGAAUUGUGACCUUACGAACUUGAAAUAUUGUAAAGAUCAGUUACAAAACUCGUUUACCAUGUAUACGAAGCGAAAAAAAGGAUUCAUAUUUUUUUAUUGUAGUGGACAUAGGAAUCAGUGGGUAUUACCAAUACAUAAGAAAAUCAUGAGAAUAAUAAAACUUUGUUCUGAGUUAGAAGCAUAUUUCUAUGCAUGGUUAUAUCUAUGCUGUGGUAAAGAAAUAUGCAUUUCAGAAACCAUGUCUGAUUAUUCAGCAGUACUUGAAGACAAAGUAAGAGUUAAUAAUCUCUCUUUGAAUGUAGUUUUUUCCGAAGAACAAAAAAAACAUGCUAAGGAAUUUAUAAAGUUUACUGUUCCAUGUUAUUAUUCUUUCUUGAGGAGAAAUCAAUUGUUCCAAUUGGGUUAUCGAAAAGGGGAGUCAUAUCAACUCCAAUGUGAAUUGGAAAAUGAAGUACAAAUAAUGCAAAUGAUAAAUGCAGUUAAAACAAUUAAACCAGUUAAAGAGACAAAUGCAGGUGAUCAUGUCGAAUUCCUAGAAGGAAUAAAUGAAACAAAAGAGAAUGAAGUAGUAGCUAAUCACAAUAAGAGUUUUAUCGAGGAUUCCAACAUAUAUCCAAACGAUUGUACACCAGAUAGAGAAGAGGUGAAGAAGGAAAUUGAUAAGAACGGAGAUGUAAUAGAUAUAGCUGAUGAAGUAGACGUAGCUGAUAAAGUAGACGUCAAUGAUAAUGUAAAUGUGGCUAAUAAUAUGAACGUAGCUGAUGUAAUAGACAUGACUGAUGAAAACUAUGACAGGGAAAAGAAUAAUACAAAUCAUGAAAAUCACAAGAUAAACAAUAGCAAUAAGGGCAUUGUCCAUACUUUGGGGAAUUAUGAAUACGGUGUCGUUAUAGUAAAUUCGGACGAAAUACACACGAAUCCAAGUGAAUGUGACAAAAACAAAAGCCACGAUUUUUCUGAACACAAUGAUAAUGAGAAAAAUAGGAUAGAGUCAAAAAGUAGUAACCCUAUGAACAGUAAUAUCAGUAUAAUAAAAAUGGAUGAAGAAGUUUUAAAAAAGGACAAAAAUAUUGAAUUGGAUCAAGAGAAUGGAAAAUUACGCUUAAAAAUGAAUCAUUCAGGGAAAAAUUUAAAUGGUGAUGAAGAGAAAACUGCCAUUUGUUUAGCGAAUGUGUUAUGCAGAAUGAGGCAUCCAUGUGUUAUGGACAUAAAAAUGGGAGCCAGAUUAUAUGGUGAUGAUUGUGAUGAAGAAUCCAUACAAAAAAAAAUUCAAAAGGCAAAAAUGAGGUCGUGUUUGUCACAUGGAUUUCAUUUAACAAGUAUAAUAGGAUGGAACAAAAAAAAACAAGAACCAUUUUUCACAUCAAAGGAAGAUGCACAUUCGGUAAAAAAGGAUGAUGAUUUUGUAGAUAUUUUUAAGUCGUAUUUUUUAGCUUGCGAUAAUGUGCAUAUUUCCAUACUUUUGUUAAAAAAAUUACUCCUGAUAUUAGAACACAUGAAGAAUUUUUUUGAAACACAGCAAUUCUUUGUUUUUUAUGGAGCUAGCUUGUUAUUUGUUUUUGAUUCUGAUCCCUCUAAAAAUGAGAACGAUCUGGAGGGAAGUAUAGAUGUAAAGGGUAAUAUAACUUGUGAGAUGUCAGCCGCGACAUCUGAUCAUCUACAUACUUUUGAGAAAUUUAUAAACGGCCAAGAAAGAGACAUAACCGAAAUAAAUAAUGAUAACUUGGACCAAAAUUCAAUGAAAGAAAAGAAAAAUAAAGAAGAAAAAUUCAACAAAUGGAAAGAUGAAUAUUACGAAGACAUUUUUAACUUUAAGGAGAAAAUUCAGAAUAUUUUUGAACAGUCACUAACAUUAGAAGAAAAAAACAUUUAUAUGCAAUCAAAAUUAAAUAGCAAAAUUUUGAAAAGUGCAACUAUAUAUAUAAUCGAUUUUGCCCAUGCUAAUUUUAAUAGAAAUGAAAAAGAUGAUGGUUUCUUAUUAGGAAUAACAUCCCUUCAUCGUAUCAUGAGAAAAACGAUUGAAAAAAUUCAAUCUCUUUAUCUUAUAUAA